AUGACUUCUGAAGAAGAACCAAGAGAUGGCCAGCUAACCAACCAAGACAGCGCCGAAAGCACCGAAAGCGCCGUCGACGCCGAGGCCAUGACCACCAGUUUCGGGCAAGUGGAACAUUUUGAUGAGUCUACUAGUGACUGGCUCUCCUACGAAGAGCGCGUGUUGUCUUUUCUACGAGCCAACAAGGUUCCGACAGAACUGCAAGUAGACGCCUUCGUGAGUUUGAUCGGACCGAAAACUUACGCCCUUCUCAAGUCUUUGACUGGUUUUGGGUUCCCAGAAACGCUCGUGUCAGAUAAUGGACCACAAUUCACGUCUGCUGAAUUCGCAAGCUACAUGUGCAGGAUCGGUACACGUCAUAUUCGCACGGCACCGUACCAUCCAAGUAGUAAUUGCCAAGCCAAACGUUUUGUCCAGUCUUUGAAGGUCGCACUGCGCAAAGAUCCAGCCCUCCCAGUGAACGAGGCACUGGCGGACUUUCUUUUGGCUUACCCGAACACUCCGCACACCACAACCGGGGAAGCGCCGGCCGUCCUAUUGCUGGGCAGGCGUCUCCGCACACGGCUAGAUGUUGUCAAGCUUUCAAACAGGGAAACUGUUUCUGCAAGGCAGUUUACCCAGACGCUAAAACGGCGUUCAAACGGUCGGCUCAGUAAACGGUUCUCGGUAGGCGACAGUGUGCGGGUCCGAAAUUUUCGACGUGGUGACAGGUGGUUUAGAGCUACGAUUUUAGCCCAAACCGGGCCGGUAUCCUACAAGUUGUGUGUAACCACGCCGCGAGGUGUGAUUCAGUGGGUGCGACACAAGGACCACAUUGUUCGGGUGCCACCGGAAGAGGACAUCUCCACGCCACUGGGACCUUUCAGGGAAUCCGAGGUACCAGAGGCCUGCCAGACUCCAGCACCACAAGAAGUGGCUCCUGCUCGACCACCACCAGCGGAACCAGCUCAGCAAGAGGAGCGGCGAUACCCUUCUCGCCAACGGAGGCCACCGGACCGCCACGCGCCCUAG